AUCCUCCGCCCAGAGGUCGUUCACACGCCCAAGAAAGCCGUAUAAAUACUGUGGCCGCUGUGGCCUCUUCAUCAGUCUCUUUUUGAAAGCUUGCAGUGCUUUUUUUCUGUCGUCGCAGCCAACAAACCCCCAAACCUUCACCAUGAUGAAAUACGUCGUUGCUCUUUUCGCCCUCAUCGCCGCCGCCGCCGCCUACCCCUACGCCUACACCAGCCCCGCUGCUGUAGCUUACGCCUCUCCAGCUUACGUCGCCCCCGCUGCUACCUACGCCGCCUACCCAUACGCCGCCGGUGCCUACCCAUACGCCGCCGCUGCCUACCCAUCCGCUGCCUACCCAUACGCCGCCGCCGCCUACCCCUACGCCGCCUACCCCUACUACAAGAAGUAAAUGAUCCUCCCACGAACUCAAUAGCCGCCAACUCCGAUGCCCUUGAAAAAAGCCUGCCAGAGUCAAGACUGUGCAUUCAAAAUGCAAAUUUUCCUCAAAAUUUUCGAUUCCAAACAGAUUUUCUAAAGUUCUAUCAAAAAUUUGAAAGCGAUUUCAAUUUUUGUGCUCAGCUUUUUCUCCAAUAAAUUCAACCUUCACCACUCAAAA